AUGGCAAAUGCGGUGAACUAUUUGAGCCUCGCCGCCGUACAAGCAGAGAUCAACCGUAUCCCCAGAGAACGAUACGAGUGUGUGUUGUACGGGGUGUGGAAUACUAUCCUCACCUGGCAGUUCAGGGUCGAAAAUGGCUACGUGACCAGGCCCCAGGAUCGGCAUUCCCGCCAACGUGGCCGCGCAGGAUAUUCGGACCUCCAUACCUACCAAUAUCCGGCUGUUGGUAGAAGGGCAUCAAAGUUCUUGAUUGUCCAAUGUAAGAAGCACGGCCACGAAGGGGAAGCUAGCACCUGGACACAAGGCAGGAAUCAGCUGCGGCAGUACCUGUCUAAUACCCAUGGGCGGCGGCGUUGGGGCACAAGGACCCCAGUUUACGGGAUCUUGAGCGUUGGACACUUGGUACGCUUCUACAAAUAUGUAGAUGUCGGCGAGGAUAUUCGAGACCUGAAUAUCCAAAGUAUCCUCCGCUCGACCCGUAUUCGAAAUGGGGACAGCCUCCAUAUACAGACUGACUGUCGUCAGAUCCAGAGGAUUCUCAACCACAUCAGAUCUCACCACUGA